AUGCGAGCUGUUAUACAACGUGUGACUAAAGCUGCUGUGUUCGUUGAUGGUCAGUUGGAAUCAUCAAUUAACCGAGGAAUUUGUGUACUUCUGGCUAUAAGCAGAGAGGAUACUGCUGAUGAUGUGCAAUAUAUGAUAAGAAAGUUGCUAGGUAUCCGAAUUUUUCCAAAUGUUGACAGUGGUAAAAGAUGGGAUAAAAGUGUCAAAGAUUUAGAACUUGAAAUAUUAUGUGUUAGCCAGUUUACGCUAUGUAGCAUAUUAAAAGGCAAUAAACUGGACUUUCAUCGGUCAAUGGAUCCUCUAAAGUCACAACAGUUCUAUCAAAGUUUUUUGGAACAGCUGAAAAAAGCGUAUACACCAGAACGGAUAAAGGAUGGUCGUUUUGGUGCAAUGAUGAAUGUUCAGAUUGAAAACGAUGGACCAGUUACAUUAAUUUUGGAUAGCAAAUCUAGAGACGAUUAG